GCCGAGUGGAAUAUCAUGUGUCGGGAGUGCUGUGAAUACGAUCAGAUUGAGUGCGUCUGCCCCGGAAAGAAGGAAGUAGUGGGCUACACCAUCCCUUGCUGCAGGAACGAGGAGAAUGAGUGUGACUCCUGCCUCAUUCACCCAGGUUGUACCAUCUUUGAAAACUGCAAGACCUGCCGAAAUGGCUCGUGGGGGGGCACGCUGGAUGACUUCUACGUGAAGGGGGUCUACUGCGCAGAGUGCCGCGCGGGCUGGUACGGAGGAGACUGCAUGCGAUGUGGCCAGGUUCUGCGAGCCUCCAAGGGUCAGAUUUUGUUGGAGAGCUACCCUCUAAAUGCUCAUUGCGAAUGGACCAUUCAUGCCAAGCCUGGGUUCAUCAUCCAGCUAAGGUUCGUCAUGCUGAGCCUGGAGUUCGACUACAUGUGCCAGUAUGACUAUGUGGAGAUCCGUGAUGGGGACAGUAGCAGCGACCAGAUCAUCAAGCGCUUCUGCGGCAAUGAGCGGCCAGCUCCCAUCCGGAGCACAGACUCUUCACUCCAUAUCCUCUUCCAUUCAGAUGGCUCCAAGAAUUUCGAUGGCUUCCAUGCCAUCUUUGAGGAGAUCACAGCGUGUUCCUCUUCUCCCUGUUUCCAUGAUGGCACUUGCCUCCUUGACAAAACUGGAUCUUACAAAUGCGCCUGCCUGGCAGGCUACACCGGGCAGCGCUGUGAAAACUUGUACCAAUCAGGGGAGAGAAAGAUAAAAGCAUCUCAGGUCACGAUCUCAGUCCUUGAAGAAAGUAACUGCUCAGACCCUGGGGGCCCAGUCAAUGGGUACAAGAAAGUAACAGGAGGCCCGGGGCUUAUCAAUGGGCGCUAUGCAAAAAUUGGCACCAUCGUGUCCUUCUUCUGUAAUAACUCAUACGUUCUUAGUGGCAAUGAGAAGAGAACUUGCCAGCAGAAUGGAGAGUGGUCGGGGAAACAGCCCAUCUGCCUAAAAGCCUGCCGAGAACCAAAGAUCUCAGACUUGGUGAGACGCAGAGUUCUUCCCAUGCAGUUUCAGUCAAGGGAGACGCCAUUACACCAGCUCUACUCAGCCUCCUUGAGCAAGCAAAAGCUGCAGGGUGCCCCCACCAAGAAGCCAGCCCUUCCCUUUGGAGACCUGCCCCCCGGGUUCCAGCAUCUGCACACCCAGCUCCAGUAUGAGUGCAUCUCGCCUUUCUACCGCCGCCUGGGCAGCAGCCGCAGGACGUGCCUGCGGACCGGGAAGUGGAGUGGGCGAGCCCCGUCCUGCGUCCCCAUCUGCGGGAAAACUGAGAACAUCACUGGUCCGAAGAGCCAGGGGCUGCGCUGGCCGUGGCAGGCGGCCAUCUACAGGAGGGCCAGCGGGGUGCAUGGUGGCAGCCCGCACAAGGACACGUGGUUCCUGGUCUGCAGCGGCGCCCUGGUGAAUGAGCGCACCGCGGUGGUGGCUGCCCACUGCGUAACUGACCUGGGGAGGGUCACCAUGAUCAAGACAGCAGACCUCAAAGUUGUCCUGGGGAAAUUCUACCGGGAUGAUGACCGAGAUGAGAAGACCAUCCAGAGCUUGCGGAUUUCUGCAGUCAUUCUGCAUCCCAACUACGACCCCAUCCUGCUGGACACAGACAUCGCCAUCCUGAAGCUCCUGGACAAGGCUCGCAUCAGCACCCGCAUCCAGCCCAUCUGCCUCGCAGCCCCGCGGGACCUGAGCGCCUCCUUCCAGGAGUCCCGCAUCACUGUGGCCGGCUGGAACGUGCUGGCAGACGCGAGAAGCCCUGGCUUCAAGAACGACACGCUGCGCUCGGGGGCGGUCAGGGUGGUGGACUCGCUGCUGUGUGAGGAGCAGCACGAAGAGCACGGCAUCCCUGUGAGUGUCACAGACAACAUGUUCUGUGCCAACCGGGACCCCGCUGCCCCCUCUGAUAUCUGCCCGGCAGAGACGGGAGGCAUCGCUGCCGUGUCGUUCCCGGGACGGGCGUCCCCCGAGCCACGCUGGCAUCUGGUGGGGCUGGUCAGCUGGAGCUAUGACAAGACCUGCAGCCACAGCCUCUCCACGGCCUUCAGCAAGGUCCUGCCUUUUAAAGACUGGAUCGAGAGGAACAUGAAGUGAGCCUCAGGCCCGUUGAGAUGCUGUUUGGGCGCC